AUGGCCCAUGCCGGCGAGCAGGCGGCUGGAGAUGGGAGCGGUCUGGCACCGGCCACCGUAGCGGUGGCCGUGGUGAUUGCGGGAUCUGCGGCAGUGAUCGUGGUGCAGCUGCUCCGUUCCAUCCUUUUGAGGGUGGCCGGUAUAUACAGCACACCAAAGCGGGGUCAGCGCCCUGCCGCGGCGCAGCACGCCUCCACCACCCCCGGCACGGGCCUCAAGUCGCUGAUGAAGCAGGCGGCCCUGGCCAAGCGCGCCGCCGGCCCCGACUUUGUCCCCGACUCCGAGCUGCACCUGGCCAGCCUGCGCAGCACCACCGGCGCGGUCCUGGGCCUGGCCUGGUCGGCAGACGGGGACGCCCUGGCGGCGGCCACUGACGGGGGUAGCCUGCAGGGGGCCAGCGACGUGGCCUUCGGCGCAGGGCCCAGCAGCCUGGCGGUGCUCACGCGGGGCGAGGGCGGCGCGCCCGCCGUGACGUUGCUGACACUGCCCAGGGGCCCACAUGGCGACCCGGAGCCGGCCUGGACGCGGCACGGGGCGCACGCGGCCGCCAACGAGGGGCGGUGCCUGGAGGCCAGCGCCGGCAGCAAGGCGGGGUACCCCAUCAUCAUCAGCAGCUCAAACAAGACGGACAUCCACGUCUACUCUGGCACGGGGGAGGACCUGGGCACCAUAGACACUGGCGGCUUCGAGAACUAUGCCGCCGCGGUGUCCUCCGACGGGCGAUGGGUGGCGGCCGCGACGUUCACCAAUGACAUCUACGAGGUGGCGUUCGACAGGCAGGGCACCUUCACCGGCCUGCACAAGGCCAUGGCCCUGAAGGGCCAUGCCGCGCGCGUGCUGGCCCUGGCCUUCUCCCCGGACCUGGGGCGCUGCGCAACGGCCUCCGCCGACGGCACGCUCCGGCUGUGGAACAUCGGCGUGCGCUACGCGCUGGCCGAGGACCCCAAGCUGCUGGCGACGGCGCGGCUGCCGCUGGCGCUGGACCCCAAGCUGCGCGCGCGGCUGGCGUGGGGCGCAGGGGGGGUGAUCGCGCUGUCCAACGGGCACCGCCUCGCCUUCUUCGACGAGGCGGGGGCCGACCUCCUGGCCAGCGUGCCCGACGCGCACACCGCGCCCAUCGCCGCGCUGGCCUGGUGCCCGGGCAGGCUGACCGCCCUGGAGCGGCCCACCUGGACGCUGGCGACGGGGGGUGGGGACGCCAGGGUCAGGCUGUGGCGCUCCCCGGAGCGCAGCGCGGGCAGGAGGGUUUGA